AUGAAGUAUAGGAACACUGGGGAUGGAAACAAUGGCAGUGGGUCCGUUCUGUUUGCUGCCUUCCAGCAGCUUGGGGUGGACGGAGGUGUGGGAAUGCUCUGCAAGAGGAGGGUAUUAUUAUGGGUCAUGAUAGUUGCUCAGUCCCCAGCCUCUGUUGCAGUGGACAAUGAGCUCUUCCUGGAACAGCAAAACCUCUCUUUAUCCUCCGUGGAGCUCAUGAUGAAGAAAAGCACGGUGCACAGCACUGCACAUGUGGCCUUAACAGAAACUGCCCCAGGGUCCCAGGAAAGCAGUUCUCUCCACGUCAUAUCAUCUCCAUCCGCCACUAUUUUUGAUACAAUCUUUUUUAACCAAGGAACAAUGACCCAAAGUAUAGCAGAUCACAGCAUCUUGGUGGCAAAUUAUGUGUCGAUGAUGAGCAAUGCGGUGGUCAGAGAGGAUGAUGAAAUGGAUAACUUUUUGCCAGAAGCUCCCUGGACCACUUCCCGCGUGGUUUCUCCGAUUCGGUAUCUCCCGGUCAGCCCGCCGGCGCUGACUCCAUCCUCACCCAUUAUUUCUUUACAAGACCAACAGAUGACAUCAGCGUGGCAGAACACGAUGCAACAACCAACAACGUAUACCGAAUCCCCCAGUCAUUUCAGUGCUUUUCGGUCAGCUUUUCCCACAUCCGAGGGCAUGCUUCCAACUCCUAGAAGGAACUUGGUGCUUUAUCCUACUGACGCCUACGGGCACUCAGCGAGCAGGACUUUGCCGGAGAUUGUGGCUUCAGGCACGGAGCAGGCAGAAACCCUCGGGCACUCAGCGAGCAGGACUUUGCCGGAGAUUGUGGCUUCAGGCACGGAGGAGGCAGAAACCCUUCUUUCUAGCUCUCUGUCUGCAGAGCCUCUGCCCUUAGGCAGUGGCCUGACUCAGCAGCCUUUGCCCUCCUGGGCGGAGGUCCCACCGCCUCCAGAGGAUGUUCUGGCCACGGCCACAGCCACGGCCACGGCCAGAUACCCUGAGGCGACCACAGCUGUGAGUCGUAGUCUAGAAGGAACCAUCCUUUCUAGAACAGAGCCUGCCGCAGCUCUGGCACAGAUGGCUCUUGCUUGUAGUGGCGGCAGCCCAAAUUCGGCUUUGUUCUCAUCUUCUCCUGCCUCCGUGUCCUCUUCUCCUCCAUCAGCUGAUGUUUCUUCUAACCCCUUUCUCCCCGGCAGCUCCGGUGAGACGUCGGAGCUGCCGGGCGACGCAGUGGUCGUCGCAGCCCUUGAGGACGACGCUCGCGGCCUGAGCCCGCUGUCGUCACUCAGACCGUCCACGGGGUGCGUGUCCUGCCGCGUGGCGUCGCCUCGGCUCGUCGCGUCAGCCAGCCUCCCGGGGGGGGAAGACGCGGGCUCGGGGGACGGCGCCGAGACCCUGUCGGUGACCGCACCGGAGGCCCGCGGCGUCUCUCCGCCGAGCCGCAGAGUGGCGGACUUCCCAGAAUUUGAAGAAGAGCCGCAGGACUUCAAUACACGUUUCCCCUCCCGGCCGGUAGUUCCACUCUCUUCUCCCUCCGCUGGCGUCUCAGGAACGAGCGGUGGGGUUUCAGCCGAGGCGGGUGCGAGGAGUGUCGGGACCGGCCCGGUGCCUCCUUCCCGCGGCCACCUCUCUGCGCCAGCGUCACCCGAUCCUGCGCCCUUGGGCUCCUCCUCUGUCCCCGAAACGCCGGGACCGCCAGGCGGCGGCGGGACGGCGGGGUUUCCCUGGGUCAUCAGCAGCGUGCUGCCCGACUCGUCUGUCCCGCGCACCGCGGGCCACAACCGCCCCCCGCCCGCUCGCGGGGACCCACGGCCUUCUCCGGCUUCCGCUCCGGGCGCGUCCGGGGAGCCUUCGCUGUUCCCUGACCCGGAGCCUGGCCACUUUUCGGCACAUGAAACUGGACGGGCUCUGGAGUCCGCAGCCGGUUUUCUCUCAACUCCACCGCUGGAGUUCAGCAGCCUGGUCCCUUCAUCUUCAGAAGGACUUGCCUCUCCGACUUUGGGGACAGCGAGUGCCGCGGCCGCUUUCGUUUCUCAGGCGUCCUCUGCCGCGGUUGAGACACUCGCAUUGUCGGACUCUCUCCGUGCGCCGUCCGCCCCGCUUUCCGUUCCUAUUUCCACAAACUCUGAAUUUGCUCAGCCCCGGCCGAGUUCAGACCUUCUUUUAAGUACAUUCGCGUUUCUUCCUGGCUACUCUGAAAUGUCGCGCCUCUCACGCCUCUCUUCUGAUUCUCUCAAGUUCUCUGAAGCAGCAGCAGUUUCCCCGACAGGUCCCGAAGCUCAUUUUACCUCAGCCCUCACUGAAACUACCUCCUAUUUUGAGUUGUCGCUCAUUGCCCAUGACUCUGCGGUCACCACCCUGGUGCCCUCCAGGUCUGAGCCCACCCUUGACAUUUUGACUCUUGGGACUCACUUCCCGUCACCUUUGACUGCUUUCCAUACGACACCCAUUUUAGCAGAAUCUUCUCUCUUUCCAACUCCAACUCCAACACCUUCCAGUGAUGAAGUCAGUGCUACGGAUGACCGCUCACCUGUCUUACCCUCUUUCUCCAAAGUCAUUGCCAGCCCCACACUGCUGGUCACUGAUGCGUACCUGUCGUCAGCAUCCUCGUUUGUUUCUGAGGUGGUCCCCUCACCUCUUCCUACAGAGCCAAUAUUUGUGGGCCCAUCAUUCACACCCACAGAUUUACCAAUGAACACCUCCACGGAACCCACCUCACCCAACACCAGUGCUGCCCCUGAUCGUACUGUUGACAGCACCCCGAGCAGCAGAACUGCGAGUCAGAAUCCCCCCGAGAGCAGUUCGGUGCGACCCCCGCCAUCCCUUCAUCCCGUGCCCACCUCCACUUCUGAAGCAACUGUUGAUACUCCGACACUGGUCACCACCAAGCCGCCAUAUGUGUGUGAUAUUACAGUUCCCGAUGCCUAUUUGAUCACAACCGUGCUGGCCAGAAGAGCUGUGCAGGAGUACAUCAUCACGUCCAUCAAAGAGGUGUUGAGGAUUCACUUCAACCGGGCGGUGGAGCUCAAGGUUUAUGAACUAUUCGCUGACUUCACUUUCCUGGUAACAUCGGGGCCUUUCGUUUACACGGCAAUAUCAGUCAUAAAUGUACUUAUAAACAGUAAACUUGUACGUGACCAAACUCCUUUAAUCCUGGCUGUGAAACCUUCCUUCCUUGUGCCAGAGUCCAGGUUCCAAGUUCACACGGUUCUUCAGUUCGUGCCUCAGAGUGUGGAUACCAGCUUCUGCAACUUCACCCAGCGCAUCGAGAAAGGCCUGAUGAUAGCUCUUUCUGAAGUGAGAAAACACCACCAGGGGACGCAUAACUUCACCGUGCAGAUCUUGAAUAUCACCAUGGGUGCUUCAAGGCCGGCUCCUCGGCGGGGCCCGGUGAAUAUCGUCUUUGCCGUCAGGGGCACGCAGGGGUUUUUGAAUGGGACAGAAGUGAGCCAGCUGCUCAGGAACUUGAGCGUGGUGGAGUUCAGUUUCUACCUGGGGUACCCAGUGCUCCAGAUCGCCGAACCCUUCCAGUACCCGCAGCUGAACUUAUCUCAGUUGUUGAAGUCCUCCUGGGUGAGAACAGUUCUCCUGGGCGUUGUCGAGAAGCAGCUCCAGAAUGAAGUGUUUCAGGCUGAGAUGGAGCGCAAGCUGGCCCAGCUGUUCAGUGAGGUGUCCACCCGGAGGCGGAUGUGGAGAAGGGCCACCAUCGCUGCCGGGAACAGCGUGGUGCAGAUGGUAAAUGUGUCAAGGCUAGAGGGAGAUGACAAUCCUGUGCAGCUCAUCUACUUUGUGGAGGAUCAGGAUGGAGAAAGACUCAGUGCAGUCAAGUCUUCGGAUCUGAUUAACAAGAUAGAUAUCCAGAGAGCAGCCAUUAUCUUGGGUUACCGAAUUCAAGGCGCUGUUGCCCAACCCUUGGACAGAGUGAAGAGGCCAUCCCCUGAGUCCCAGAGUAGCAACCUCUGGGUCAUUGUCGGUGUGGUCAUUCCAGUGCUGGUGGUGAUGGUGAUUGUCAUCAUCCUCUACUGGAAACUCUGCCGCACGGACAAGUUGGACUUCCAACCCGACACGGUGGCCAACAUCCAGCAGCGUCAGAAGUUGCAGAUCCCUAGUGUGAAGGGCUUUGAUUUUGCUAAGCAGCAUCUGGGUCAGCACAAUAAAGACGACAUCUUGAUUAUUCAUGAGCCAGCACCACUGCCAGGACCGGGACCGGUGAAGGACCACACCACGCCCUCUGAAAACGGAGAUGUGCCGAGCCCCAAGGCAAAGAUCCCUUCCAAGAACCUCCGUCACAGAGGAAGAGUUUCUCCCUCGGAUGCUGACUCUACCGUAAGUGAGGAGUCCAGUGAGAGGGACGUGGGAGACAAGACACCGGGACCAGUGAACGAUGGCCAGUCCCACAGAGGCCCACACAGCGGGCCACCACCGCCCAGUUCGGGGAACGAGCAGCACUCGUCGGCCUCCAUCUUUGAGCAUGUGGACAGGCUGUCCCGGUCCUCGGAAGCCAGCAGGCGGGUUCCCAGUAAGAUACAGCUGAUCGCCAUGCAGCCCAUCCCGGCCCCUCCGGUUCAGCACCCCGUACUGGCCGACCGGGUGGCAGAAACCAACAAAAUUAACAAGGAGAUCCAGACGGCGCUGCGGCACAAGUCCGAGAUCGAGCACCAUCGGAACAAGAUCCGGCUCCGCGCCAAGCGCCGCGGGCACUACGAGUUUCCAGUGGUGGACGACCUGUCCUCGGGUGACACGCGCGAGCGGCACCGUGUGUACCGCAGGGCGCAGAUGCAGAUCGACAAGAUCCUGGACCCCACGGCCAGCGUGCCCUCGGUGUUCAUAGAGCCCAGGAAGAGCUCCAGGAUAAAGCGAUCUCCCAAACCACGUCGGAAACACCAGGUCAAUGGCUGCCCCGGAGAUGCCGAGAAGGACAGACUCAUCACCACAGACAGCGACGGCACUUACAAAAGGCCCCCCGGUGUCCACAACUCCGCCUACAUCGGUUGCCCAUCCGAUCCCGAUCUCCCGGCCGAUGUGCAGACCCCAUCCUCUGCUGAGCUGGGGAGGUAUCCAGGCCUGCCCUUCCCAGCCUCCCAGUACAUCCCGCCCCAACCGUCAAUCGAGGAGGCGCGCCAGACCAUGCACUCCCUCCUGGAUGAUGCUUUUGCUCUCGUGGCCCCCAGCAGCCAGCCUGCCAGUUCUGCGGUCGCAGGCCCUGGGGUCCCAGCCAUCCUGCCUGUGAACAGCACCCCUUCCCGGGAUGAGAGGCGAGCCACCCAAUGGGGGUCCUUCUACAGCUCUGCUCAGACGGCCAACAACCCAUGUAGCAGAUAUGAAGACUAUGGAAUGACUCCCCCAUCAGGCCCAUUGCCAAGACCAGGUUUUGGCCCCGGUUUGCUGCAGGCUUCGGAGCUGGUGGCCCCAGAGCUCCAGCAGCCACAGGCAUCGGCUGAAGCCCCGGUCGCCGCCCGAGGGAUCUACUCGGAGGACAUGCCAUCAGUGGCCCGGCCACGGCCUGUCGGGGGCACCACAGGCUCCCAGAUUCAGCACCUGACGCAGGUGGGAAUUGCAAGCAGAAUUGGAGCCCAGCCAGUGGAAAUCCCACCAAGUAGAGGCGGCCAGUAUGGGGGACCAGGUUGGCCUUCAUAUGGGGAGGAUGAAGGUGGCCGAAGAGAGGCUACACACAUGCUUGGACAUCAAGAAUAUUCUUCUUCACCGCUGUUCCAGGUGCCAAGGACUUCAGGUAGGGAGCCCUCCGCUCCUCCCGGGAACCUCCCGCACAGGGGGCUGCAGGGUGCGGGGCUGACUUACACCACCAGCUCCACAGAAGACCUCCAGCCCGGCCACUCUUCAGCUUCACUCAUCAAAGCGAUCCGCGAGGAGCUGCUCCGGCUCUCCCAGAAACAGACCGCCGUGCAGAACUUCCACAGCUGA